AUAGUAUUCCAUAUGAAAAUCUAACAUAUCAUGGUUAUUCAAAAGUUGGAAACUGUCUUUAUCCAACACUUGGACAUCUGAAUGGGUGGGACUUGCAGAGUGUUUGGCCUCAGAUAAGAUGUCUGUGUCUGCAGGGCCAAGGCGCUUGCAUUUCCUGUGUUAGGGGCCAGGGAAACCACACUGCCUUUGCUUUGCCUUUCUGACAAUACUGACCAGAAACUACAAGGUUUUACUUCCAUCAAUUUCUAAUAACAAAGACAGUUCAUUAAUCAUGGGCAAAAAUUACAUUUGUUUUCUGAUAUUGUAUGUAGGGUUUACAGUACACAAGUUAUGUCCACAUUUUCAGAAAUGAUCUAUGCAAAAAGCACUGUAGCAAGUUUUGAAACGGAGCAACUAGUUUCGUUUCAAGCAGAAAAUGCAAGCUGGAAUCCAACCAGAUGGGUGUUGAGGAAGUGAAAAUGAAAUUGAGCUGUCCGUUGCAGAGGCGUAGACCAAUGAGAAGACUUCCGUGCUCUCCAGAACCCUGUGCAACGCCAUCUAGGCUCAGGGGACGUGAGACAAACAAAUCGGGAGGGGAUUUCCACGCCAAGCACUUCCUUUACUUGUUUUGCUUUCGAUCUGGACACUGAAAUAGGCUAAAUUAACUUUUCGUUUGAUAUACAGAAACUCAAACUACACGAGAAUAUUGUGCAACUGACAAGAGGACUGUCGAUUAAUCAAGCUGAAUAUAACACUUUAUCGCAGGCGACCAUGCCCGUGGAAAGGAUGCGAAUGCGGCCAUGGCUGGUGGAACAGAUAAACUCUUCCCUAAUUCCUGGCCUGAUAUGGAUUAAUAGAGAGAAGAGGAUCUUCCAGAUUCCAUGGAUGCAUGCUGCAAGGCAUGGCUGGGAUUUGGAGAAAGAUGCUCCUUUAUUUAUGAACUGGGCCAUUCAUACAGGAAAAUACCAACUAGGGAUCGACAAACCAGACCCGAAAACAUGGAAGGCCAAUUUCCGCUGUGCUAUGAACUCUCUGCCUGAUAUUGAGGAGGUGAAAGACAAGAGCAUCAAGAAGGGGACCAACGCUUUCAGAGUAUACAAGAUGCUGUCUGCUUCAGAGCGCCAGACCAAGAAAGGAAAGAAGAGGACUGAGAAAGGAGGAAAGAACAAGCAGCAGGUGGAACCCGGUUUCCCAGCCAUGGAGAGCAUGAAUGGGUCUGUUGGAGACCAUCAUGGGCCGGUGGUGAAGGUGGAGGUGAAGGAGGAGGUGAAAGACGAGUACUUUACAGACUGCACAGAAUAUCUUCAUCAGAGCAGUCACAGUCCUGGGUACGACCAGCUGAUCGUUGACGACCUGCCUUGUGUCUGCCAGACCAUCGAGGUGACCACGGAGAAUGAGGAGCAGUCAGUCAGCUCCAGCCACCCGUACCCACUCCAGAUCUCCCCUGUGUCCUCGUAUGGAGAGAGUGACCCAGACAGUGUGCACAGUGAAGAGGACUCCAAGGAGGAUCUUCGUGGUGGGCUGUGGGAAUCAAGUUUCACUUCCUCUGUGCUGAGAGUGCCCUCGUGCUCAUUACCCAGCAUGGCCACCUUUGUCACUGGUGGAAAGGUAACCAACUUCAAAGUGACCAGCACCAGGGACCCCAUGCCCCUUAUUAGCUACAGCAACAGCCCCUGGACCAGGGACAUGCCAGCAGCCCAGCACCCUCCCUCAGAGCAGGCUUCCUCCAGCCAGGCCUCCGCUGCAGAGACCAGAGCCAGCGUUAUCAUGAAGACAUCAGACGUCUCCUCUGUGAAGACCUGCUGAAGAACUGGCAGUGCAGUGACUCAAGACCAGAUACAGGCCAGUCAGGGGCAGGCUUGGUGUUGAAAAGCAUUGAUCACUGCUGGGCUUGUUGUUCGACCAGAGUGCCUACUCAUAGUAAUGACUAUGUCUAUGGGACAUACAGUAUAGGGGCUCUGUGAGCUGUAGAAUAUGAAUCGAUGCCCAAACUGAACCUGCCAAGAUCUCAGGGCCUUUUAGAUGGGAUGGGAGUGAGGGGAUGAAUCUACAAACUGUUGGGCAUCUCUCCCACUCCCCACCCACUGUUAUUAAUGUAUAUACUGAUAUGUCUGCGUAAUGGCAUACCGCUUCUGCACCUUAUGGAAAACACUGAUGGGCAUGUGAGUGGCCACACUGGCUGUGUGUUUACACUGACAGCAAGGCUGAAGCCUGGGAAAGGCCUUAAGAGGCCUUGCUGAUCUAACUUUCCAAACUUGUCUUUGACCUUCAAGGUGAUGCCAUCCAUUGGUUAGGAGGAUGAAGUGAGUAAAUGCACCUGGUCAUUUAUCUUGAUGCCUUUUUAAGCAAGCUUAUAUAUAUAUUUUUUUUUUAUAUAAAGGGACAUUUUAAUCUAAGGUGGACAAUUUAUUUGAUUUGUAAAUUUUUUACUCAAUGAAAGAUUUCUGAUUCUUUGUUCGAUUUGUUUUUUAUUAUUGUUAUUUACAUGACACAUUAUGAAGAAAAAAAUACAUUUUUAUCAAGUCCGCAUUUGUGACAUCUCAUGUGUGAAAUUGUAUAGGCUUGUUGCUUAUGUGUGCCUCUAUGUAAUGGUGUUUUAAAUUAGUUGCUAAAUCCAUUUACACACGUUUGAGUGUGUCACACAUUCAUGGCCAACUCUUAAUCCUGUGGAUCAACAUGCAAAUCUUAAUAAAAAUAUUGUUUUGUAA